CAGACACACAGACCAGUGUCUCCAGUGCCCAGCUGUGUGUCCAUGAAGAGUGAUCGGUCCAUGGGACCCCCUCUCAAUUUAAGCAGUGGACCACCACAGUCUGAUCCAAACCCACAGACACACAGACCAGUGUCUCCAGUGCCCAGCUGUGUGUCCAUGAAGAGUGAUCGGUCCAUGGGACCCCCUCUCAAUUUAAGCAGUGGACCACCACAGUCUGAUCCAGAUGUUUGGAGGAGCAGUCUAACUGAGCAUGCUCCAGUCAACAGGGCUGAAUUAGCAGACAAACAUGUCCUGACCAGAGUACUGAUGACUAAUAAAGCCAGCAUGAAGAGGAGGUUUGAGAGCAUAUGUGAAGGCAUCAUAAGGUCAGGGACUCAAACACUCCUGAACAAGAUCUACACAGAGCUCUACAUCACAGAGGGAGAGAGUGAAGGGGUGAAUAAUGAACAUGAGGUUUGGCAGAUAGAGUCAGCAUCCAGGCCACAAACCACAGAAGACACAGGAAUCAACUGUAAUGACAUCUUCCAGCCCUUGCCUGGACAGGAGAGACACAUUAGAAUUGUGAUGACCAAGGGGAUUGCUGGCAUUGGAAAAACUGUGUCCGUGCAGAAGUUCAUCCUUGACUGGGCAGAGGAGAGAGCUAACCAGUAUGUAGAUUUCAUGUUUGUGCUUCCGUUCCGUGAGCUGAAUUUGGUCAAACAUGAUCAGUACAGUUUUCACAGGUUCCUGCUUGACUUCCACCCAGAGCUUAAAGAGCUACAGAAUGGUGAAUACAAAGACUGCCACAUUGUGUUCAUCUUUGAUGGUCUGGAUGAGAGUCGACUUCCACUGAAUUUUCAAAAGAAUCAGAAGUUGUCUGAUGUAACACAAACAUCAUCAGUGGAUUGCAUCGGUCUGGUGACAGAAGUACGAGGGUUCAAUGACCCACAGAAGGAAGAGUACUUCAGAAAGAAGAUCAGUGACCAGAAUCAAGCCAACAGAAUCGUCUCACAUAUUAAGGCAUCCAGGAGUCUCCACAUCAUGUGCCACAUGCCAGUCUUCUGUUGGAUCUCAGCCACUGUUCUUCAGCAGAUACUGGAACAGGAUGAUGGCAAAGAAGCCCCCAAAACACUGACUGCAAUGUUCAUACACUUCCUGCUUAUCCAGACCACCAGGAAGAACCAAAAGUAUCAAGAGGAAAAGGAACCACAUAAGGGUGUCAUAUUGAAACUGGCAGGGCUGGCUUUCAAGCAUCUGGAGAAUGGCAAUCUCAUGUUUUAUGAGGAAGACCUGAGAGAACUUGCUGACUGUAAACUAACAGAGAAGUCCUACUUGCUGACUGUAAACUAA